AUGGGCUUCAAAUUCACCCACUUGUGUGAUCUGUUGUCCAGCCUAGAUGACAGCAGAACAGCCCAUGCAUCCACGGCGGCCAGGAACGAGAAUCCUGAUAUCAGAACAGUCGCCCGGUGGUUCUCUCAAUAUGGACGACUCAUUCAUAAUGCUGAUACAGACCGUGUGGCGUUGCUUCGGUGCAUGUUCCCCGAAAAACGAACGGACCGAGUAUACUGGCUGCAAGCCACGCAGCUAUCAAGAGUCAUCGGCCGUUGCUUGGGCUUGGGAUCGUCGCGACUUUCCGAACUCAACGGAUGGCAAAGCCCUGGUGGUUCCGAUCUCGGAGGUUGUGUCGAAGUUGUCAUGCGGCAAGCCGAGAAUUAUAUUCCGGCCGGCCAGGAGUUGUCGGUAGAAGAAAUUGACCGCGCCAUGGGUAUGCUUGCAUCACGUUGCCGCUUCUCUGGCCCUCAGACCCGUCGGAAUCGUACAGCUGUGGAUGUGGAACAAACUCUAUCAAAACUGUACCGUCGGUCAAGUAGCCGCGAUGCCAAAUGGCUCACUCGCAUGAUUCUCAAAAGCUACUCCCCCGUCGUUUUCCCAGAAAAGUACACCCUGAAGAGAUUUCACUUUCUUCUGCCGCAACUGCUCCAGCUUCAAAACUCCUUUGAAGGGGCGUUGGAGAUGCUCGCUUCAGACCCAAUAAACCACUUCCCUCCAAACCCGGAUCCCCAAGCAGCUCGGAGUCUUAGCAUCAUUGCUCUACAACAUAUGCGCCCUCGGCCUGGUAUCAAGGUCGGGCGACCCGAUUAUUACAAAGCUCGAAGUAUCAAGCAUUGUCACCAAAUGGCCAACGGUCGUCGAAUGAGCAUUGAACGGAAAUACGAUGGUGAAUACUGUCAGAUUCACGUUGAUCUCUCUAACAAGUAUACCCCCGUUCAGAUCUUCUCCAAAAGUGGUAAGGACUCGACUGCAGAUAAAGAUAAGAUCAUACCUGUGAUAGAGGAAUCGCUCCGCGCUGGAUUGCCUGACUGCAAAUUUGCGCACCGCUGUAUCGUUGAGGGAGAGCUGCUUGUAUGGAAUGGCCAGAAUUGUGAACUGAUGGACUUCAACAGAAUUCGGAGGUUCAUUCCACGAUCUGGCAUUUUGAUUGGCGUUGAUAAUGAUUCUCCGCCGCAACCGUACGAGCACUUGAUGAUCAUGUUCUUUGACAUUCUUCUCCUCGAUAACGACGUAUGCCUUGCCAAGCCUCAUCGGGAGAGACGACUACUCCUACAGCAAGUGGUAAAGACCGUCCCAGGCCGAGCGGACCUCGCCUAUCAGGAAGUCCUGGACUUCAACCGAGUUGAUAGCUACCAUCGGCUCGAACGGACUUUCGAGAAAGCAAUUACUAAACGUUGGGAGGGCUUUGUCUUGAAGGCUUCUGAUGAGCCUUAUUUUCCGACAUACUCCACUGGUACGGAUCAUAUCCCUGGCCGAUGGAUCAAACUCAAGAAAGAUUAUAUACCCGGUCUUGGAGACACAUUAGACCUCGCGCUGGUCGGAGCUAGCUACAACACGCGGGACGCUCCUGAUUUGGGGCAAAUAAAAGGACUCAAAUGGACUCACUUUCUUGUUGCUUGUCUCCUGAACCCGGAUCAUGUCAAACAGGGCGAUGCUUUGCCGCGUUUCCGAAUCGUCGACGUGAUUAACCGACACUGCAUGAGCAUUCAGACCAUGCAGACCCUCAAUCAAAUCGGCGAGUUUUAUGCACGUCAACCUGAAACUUUCAAAGGUUUUCACAUUGAUUACGGGCACCAGGCCAUUCCCCCUGCAACCACCUUGUUCAAGCAACCGUUCAUCGUCGAGAUGUUGGGCAGUGGAUUUGAAAAGCCGUCUGGCGCAAGAUAUUCCACACUUCGAUUUCCUCGGAUUUUGAAAAUACACUCGGACAGAGCGCUGGAAGAAUGUACGUCAUUCCAAGAACUACAGCUUUCAGCAGAACAUGCCCGGGCUGUGCCUGCGGAUGAACUGGAAGAACGCGAGAAAUGGUCAAGACGCCUCAAGGCUGGUAGUGGACUUAAUCAGUGCAUUGUGCGAUCUCCAAGCCCGGAAGCGACUUGUUCAGACACCGACGAGGAAAUGAAUUCCCCGUCAUCCGAGGUUUUAGCCGCUACUUCUUCUGAAGAAAGUGUUAUGGACGCAUGUCCAUUAAUGGAAGGGCUGCGUGAAGAUUCAAUACGGAAAGGGAGCCAGGAUAGAUCAUACAAUGGCCAUCCACUGUCUCCACUAGUCUACAUUGAUGAGAAAAUGCCUCCCACGCAAGAUGAAAAUCCUGUUCUUGAAAACAUUCUACUCGUCGACAACGGGAACCUGUCGUCGCGUCAACAUUCCAGCCAGAAGGAUGGAAAGAUCGCAUCGCAGAAAUCCUCGGGCUUUGUACGUCCCGUGUGGACAAGUACUUUCAUAUCCGCACACGAAGACCGCUCCCAGGAAUUACACGAGGCGCAGGAACGGCUUUCAGACAAGCUAGUGGUGUCAACAUCAUCCAAGCACAAACGCAAGAUGUCACCCCAAUCUCCUUUGACAACGAUCCCCAUAUGGACACCUGAAACCUCACUAGGUAGUUUUACGCUUCCCAAAAUUGAUGAAAAAUCAAACAACGAUCACGAAUCUUGUCAUUUGGAUGAAUUUGUUCGGUAUCUCUGCUCUGGUGAAUCUGCUUCUUCCCUCCACCAAUCAAACCCCUAUGCCGCGUCACAGGGGACAGGGUUUGGCAUUGUCCUAUUCAAUCCCAAAGCAACUCAGCUAGGGGGAGAAAUGCACCGUCUUGCCACAACCCUUUCCAGUUUCGUCCAUACUGGAACAAGUCCAGUCCCCUCCGUGGGAAGCAUAUUCUUUUUGGGGUCAAGCAUGUUGGAACGUGAUAUACGCCCCGGUGACCUUCGUUUCUGCUUGCGUGAUACGUGGGCAACUAUUGGACGUGAUCAUUUCUAUGGAUGCCUUUCAUGGAGACUCAGCGAGCGAUCUGAUGGUAUAUCCGUCGGAAGAGAGAAACUACGCUCUGAAUCGGGUCACCGUCGUUGUGACAUGCCAAAAGAGACGCCAGAGGCUCCGCGCUUUGGACCAAGGGCCCUAUGGAUUGAGAUGACCUUCGAUGAAACAGCCAUUACUGUGUUGGGCGAGUAUACCUCGAUCGAACCUUUAGCUCAUGUUUUAUAUACUUGA